CCUGGUGUGGACAACUGCUGGUACAUGGCCGGCAUUUGUGCGCUCGUGCUCUUCUUGACAUCGGCCACCAUACGGUCUUCGGGCUUUCUCUACAUCGGCAUCAUGGACGAGUUCAACGUGGACAGGGGACAGGCCUCGUGGCCCAUCUGUCUCAUGGGUGCUGUGAGCAACAUGGCUGGUCUGGUGGCCGGACCUCUCUGCCAAAAGUUCACGGCCGUGCCCGUCAUGUACGCCGGCAGUGUCAUCAUGUGGGUAGGCAUCGUGGCUUCGAGCUUUGCGCCGAGCAUUACAUGGAUCACCAUAACACAAGGAGUUGUUUUCGGUUUCGGCUCCGGCAUCGUCUUCAUAAUGAUGCCGGUCUUCAUCAACCAGUAUUUCGACAAGUACAAGGGCCUCGCGCUGGGUAUCAUGUACACAGGAUCUACUAGUUCCGCCUUCGUUUUUCCGAGGCUCCUUCUCUUCCUGAAGGAAACGUACAACUUCAGGAGCAGCGUCAUGAUCUACGGCGCUAUCAUCAUGCACAUCACGGCCAUCAGCCUCAUCCUCAAGGAGCCAGUAUGGAUCCGGCGCAAAAGGUACGAGGACAAGCUGGCCAAGCAGCGCGCAAAGGCAGCCAUCUUCUCAAUUGAGAACGGGAUCGCCAAGCCGGCUGUGCACCCCGAUGACCUGCCCAAGUCGGGGCCGAAUUCGGAAAGUCUCACCUACGGUCUCACUGUCCUGCGUUGCCCAAUGUUCUAUGUCAUCCUUGUAACGUAUAUCAUCUAUGGAUACAACUUCGACGUCUUUAUGACGACCAUCGUCGACUUCGCGAGAGACAGGGGACUGUCUAUUCAAGACGCCGUGGGCCUCGUACCGCUCUUCUCCAUAACGGACACCAUCGGACGCCUUGGCCUUCCGGUGCUGGCUGACAGGGGUUACCUAAGACGCAGCACUCUAGUCAUGUUCAAUUACCUGCUCAUGGGUGGAUCCCUGCUUGUGCUGCCUUGGGUGUCGUCGUACACGGGUAUACUGUGCGUGUGCCUCAGCGUUGGAAUCUACAUUGGCUGUGGCAUGACGAUGUAUCCCGCACUCAUGGCCGAGUAUAUUGGGCUGCAGCGACUCCCAAUCAGUUUUGGCAUCGUGGGCGCCGUUUCCGGACCGCUCUUUCUGCUGAAGCCCUUUUUUAUUGGUCUUUUUAGGGAUAAAGUCGGCUCCUACGAUCAAAUGUACAUACUCCUGGGAUCUGCUCUCAUUGUGCUCGGUGUGAUUUGGCUCUGCGUCGUCUGCACCGAGUGUCGACAACAAAAGUCGUGGGACAUUGACCACGGCACAUGCCAUGUUUCUCCCGUGGCGGGAGACGGCGUCUACAGCCAGCCUUGCUUCAUCGCUGAGAGUUGGUACAAGGAUAAACCCCUCCCGGAAGACCAGUGCAGGAAGCGAGACCGGACGUGUGCUGAAACAUUUUGA